AUGUCGAAGCGAUCGGCAGAAGAAGCGCCCGGUGGUGGCAACGCCACCAGCGGCGGAGCUGGCUUGGGCGGUGGUUUGCAACCACCGAUCAAGAAGGUACACUUCGAGCCACACCUGAUCGGACCGAUUUCGACACUGGAAGAGAUGGACAUCAAAGUACUCCAGUUCCAAAACAAAAAGCUAGCCCAGCGCAUCGAGCAGCGGAUACGAUGCGAGUCGGAACUGCGCUCACGGAUCGAGCAGCUCGAGAAGCGACAAACGCAAGACGACGCCGUCCUGAACGUGGUCAACCGGUACUGGAACCAGCUGAAUGAGGACAUCCGUGUGUUGCUGCAACGAUUCGACGCGGAAACUGCGGAUGAAUCUGAGAACAAAAAUGAGAAUGAAGUCACGACGUCCUUUCUCAUGCAGCUAUCGACCUGGGACAAGGAAGAGCUUGACGACAAGCUGGCAAAUCGGGUGCAGGUGUCGAAGCGAGCCGUGGCCAAGAUAGUACAGGUUUUCGACCGGCUUAUGCAGCGUAACGAGAAGCUCAUGAUGGCGUUAAAAGGUGAAUCGGAAGACGGCAAGUCGCCGGCCAUGGCGCCACCCGACCUAGACGAAUCCCUGCGUCAGACGUACAUCGACGUGAUGGCAGAAAAUCGCAACCUGCAGACACAGAACACCCUGUUGCAUGAAAAGUUCCACACGAUAUCGCUCAAAAUGAGCGAGUAUCAAGACAUGCUGAACGGAAAAGAAACGGAAGCGGCCGAGCUACGAAACCAGAUAGACGAUCUGCAGUACGAGCUAGAGAAGGUGCGGUGUCGGAACGACAAACUCGAGAACCACCUAGCGGAAGCGAUCGAGAAGCUGAAAUCGUUCCACCAAAUGCACGGUGGCGACCCACUCAGUGGAGGUGGUGGUGCGGGCGGAUCUGAGCGACAAUCGUCGUCUACCAGCGGUGGCGCUACGAGGGGUUCCGGUUCGAUGACAAGUGUGGCCGCGCAGCAUCUAGAGGACCUGCAGAAAGAGCUCGAAGAGUAUAAGGAGUUGUCCAACAACCGAUUGCAGGAGCUUGACAAGCUGCACCUGCAGCACCGGGAAGCAUUGAAGGAGGUUGAAAAGCUGAAAAUGGACAUCCGGCAGCUACCGGAGUCGGUCAUUGUCGAGACGACCGAGUACAAGUGCUUGCAGUCACAGUUCUCCGUUCUGUACAACGAAUCGAUGCAGAUAAAGACGUUGCUGGAUGAGAGCCGGAACCAGCUGCAGUCGAGUAAGAACCAGCACUUGCGCCAGAUAGAGAUGAUGGAGAGUGAGGAGCUGAUCGCACAGAAGCGCGUCCGCAGCGACAUGAUCCAAAUGGAGGACGUGAUGUCACAGAUCCGUAAGGAAUACGAGAUGCUGCGGAUCGAGUUCGAGCAAAAUAUGGCGGCGAACGAGCAGACGGCGCCAAUUAACCAUGAAAUGCGGCAUCUCAUCCUGUCGCUGCAGAACCAUAACGGCCAGCUGAAAGGUGAAGUGCAGCGGUAUAAGAAAAAGUACAAAGACGUCUCCGCGGACAACACGAAACUGCGGAAGGACCUGGAGGAGCAGACGGGGAAGGUGACGGCCCUACAGGAGGCGCAACAGCAGGCGGAAGCGAUCAAGCAAGAAAACUGUCUCUCAAUGAAUGCGGGCAGUGGUGGAGGUGCCGGGGGUGGAGGUCUCUCGGUGAAGGAGGAACCCGGCGGUGGCAUGCUGCUCGAACGGGACGGUCAGUGCGGGAUCAAGGAGGAGGACCCGAAUGGGACGCUCAACUCGUGUACGGGGCUCGGCGCUGGCGGAGGUGGUCUGACGAGGUCUGACUCUGGCGAGGAAGGCGAAAUGGACGCGAAUGGCAUCAAACGAGAAGAAAUGAUUGGCCCCGACGGAACGCUCAUCAUGGUGGUGAAAAAGGAAGGAUCCUCGGGGGCGAUGGGUGCUGGUUUAGACGGCGGCAAAGCAAAUGGACCGGACCAUCGGAUCAAGUGUGUUGAGUCGGAUUUAGUGCGCGAUCUGAGGAAUCAGCUGAAGAAAGCUUUAAACGACCAGAAAGAGAUGAAGCUCCUGCUCGACAUGUACAAGGGCGUGCCGAAGGAACAACGCGACAAAGUGCAGCUGAUGGCGUCAGAGAAGAAGAAGUGUGCCGAAAUCGAGGACCUCAAGUGUCAGAUGAAGAAGCUGCAGGAGAGUAAAAGGGAGGACCGCAAGAAGCUAGCGGACGAGGAGGCUCUGCGGAAAAUCAAGCAGCUAGAGGAGCAGAAGUACGAGCUGCAAAAGCAGGUCCAAAACCAGAAGCAACCCCCGGACAGCAGCUGGAGCAGCGGCUAUCGACCAUUUGAAGAAGAGGCGCUCCUGAACGAGAUGGAAGUAACCGGGCAAGCGUUUGAGGAUAUGCAGGAGCAAAACUCAAGACUGAUACAGCAGUUGCGCGAGAAAGACGAUGCCAACUUCAAGCUCAUGUCCGAUCGAAUCAAGGCCAAUCAGAUGCACAAGCUGCUCAGGGAAGAAAAACAACUACUGGAGGAUCAGGUGUCCACGAGGGACAGUCAGAUCGAAGCCAUGCACGUAGUGUUACGAAAGCUUGAGGAAAAGGAGCGCAUCCUGCAGAAUACAGUAACGACGAUCGAGAAGGAAUUGGUCGCCCGGCAACAGGCGAUGGAGAUGCACAAGCGCAAGGCGAUCGAAUCGGCGCAGUCGGCGGCCGACCUGAAGCUGCACCUCGAAAAGUACCACGCGCAGAUGAAGGAAGCCCAGCAGGUGGUAGCGGAGAAGACGAGCUCGCUCGAGGCCGAGGCGUACAAGACGAAGCGGCUACAGGAGGAGCUGGCUCAGUUCAAACGCAAGGCGGAGCGCAUGAAGAAGAUCGAGCUGUCUGGCACCACGAUCGACGAGGUGAUGCUGGAGGAGAUCCGUGAGUACAAGGAAACGCUCACCUGCCCGUCCUGCAAGGUGAAGCGGAAGGACGCGGUGCUGUCCAAGUGUUUCCACGUGUUCUGCUACGACUGCCUGCGGACGAGAUACGAAACGCGCCAGCGAAAGUGCCCCAAGUGCAACUGUGCGUUCGGCGCCAACGACUACCAUCGGUUGUACCUCUCGACGUAA